AUGGCGCAAACAUCAUCAUGGAGUCCUCCACAAGCGUUGAACCCGCAACCCUUCUUCGCCUCGACUGCGGCUGCAUCCAUCUCCACGGAAGAAAGCGCCGAGAAUUUGUCGACUUGCUCAGACGCCAAAUGUACGGCUUGGGAUAUACCUGCAACAAUCCCUGGCAUUCCAUAUGCAAGCCAGCUGCGAAAUUCUGGCCAUCUGGGCACAUCACAAAUCGAUGGCAUGAGUGUAGCAGCCUGGACUCAACCAAUGGAUCUACCCAAGUCCAGGACUCGGGAUUCUUCAGGUCAGAACUUUAUGCAACAGCCUUUUCAACAAUUUUUAUCCAUUGGGGCCCCUGACCAGAACACCUUUUCUGUUACGGACCAUUUUGAAAAGCAAAACAGCAUGGGUGAGGCCUCUGGCUGGACACCGGGAAAUACAACAUAUCAAAACCCGGACGCAAACGGUGAUACUGCUGAUACGCCACACACCAACCUCUUGGAUCGCACAGCUGCGAUCAGUUUCAUACCCGAGCUACCCUUCCUUGGGCAGAUUGGCUUCGGCGCCAUGUCAUAUCAGCCAGAUGCAAUGGGCUCGUUUCAACAGCCAGACGAUCAAAUCUGGGCACAGCCGCAUCGAGAUCAAGCACAAGAGCAGCGGCAGCAGUUUUUAUUACCUACAGAUGCACCGUUCAUUGCCCCGGAGGAUGCCGCAUCUACGCAUUUGCGGCUUGAUACGGAACAGUAUGGGUCUCGGUUGGAUGAUCUGCACCAACAGCAGUCGCCCGAGCAUCAAUACCCAUGA